GGCGGGGCCUAUCUGCGCAGCGGAGCGGUGGGCGCUGCGAAGAGCAAGGCGGGCUUGAUAAUUUUCAGACUCCUGAGGUUUUCAGAUUGAAAAAGAAUUUCCUCUCUCACUGACAGUCUCCACCAUGAUCCAUAGCCUUUUCUUGAUCAACUCCUCGGGAGAUAUUUUCCUGGAGAAACAUUGGAAAAGUGUGGUCAGCCGUUCUGUUUGUGAUUAUUUUUUUGAGGCACAAGAGAGAGCUACUGAAGCAGAAAAUGUACCACCAGUUAUCUCUACUCCUCAUCAUUAUCUCUUAAGUGUUUACCGGCACAAGAUCUUUUUUGUGGCUGUGAUCCAGACAGAGGUCCCUCCUCUGUUUGUCAUUGAGUUCCUUCACCGAGUAGUGGACACAUUUCAGGAUUAUUUUGGAGUCUGUUCAGAGCCAGUGAUCAAAGACAAUGUGGUUGUGGUUUAUGAGGUAUUGGAAGAGAUGCUUGACAAUGGGUUUCCGUUAGCUACUGAGUCAAACAUCCUCAAAGAACUGAUAAAGCCUCCCACUAUCCUUCGAACAGUUGUCAACACCAUAACAGGAAGCACCAAUGUGGGUGACCAGCUUCCCACUGGGCAGCUGUCAGUGGUGCCUUGGCGACGGACUGGGGUGAAAUACACGAACAAUGAGGCCUAUUUUGAUGUGAUUGAAGAGAUUGAUGCCAUCAUUGAUAAAUCAGGUUCCACAAUUACUGCUGAGAUCCAGGGGGUGAUUGAUGCUUGUGUCAAGCUGACAGGAUUUUUCCUUACACUUUCAUUCAUGAAUCCCAGGUUGCUAGAUGAUGUCAGCUUCCAUCCUUGUGUUCGUUUCAAGCGCUGGGAAUCUGAGCGCAUCCUUUCCUUCAUCCCUCCUGAUGGAAACUUUCGCCUGCUCUCUUACCAUGUCAGCGCGCAGAAUCUGGUGGCAAUUCCAGUGUAUGUCAAACAUAACAUCAGUUUCCGGGACAGUAGUUCACUUGGACGCUUUGAAAUAACGGUGGGACCUAAACAGACGAUGGGGAAGACCAUCGAGGGAGUGAUUGUCACCAGCCAGAUGCCCAAAGGAGUCCUGAAUAUGAGCCUCACUCCCUCUCAGGGAACACAUACAUUUGACCCAGUUACCAAGAUGCUCUCUUGGGAUGUAGGCAAAAUAAAUCCCCAAAAGCUACCAAGUUUGAAGGGGACCAUGAGUCUUCAGGCUGGAGCUUCCAAACCAGAUGAGAACCCCACAAUUAACCUGCAGUUUAAGAUCCAGCAGCUGGCCAUUUCUGGACUCAAAGUGAACCGUCUAGAUAUGUAUGGAGAAAAGUACAAACCCUUUAAGGGCAUAAAAUACAUGACCAAAGCUGGAAAGUUCCAAGUCCGAACCUGAAGGGAGAGUUUCGUGAAGGGAACAGUCACAAACACUUUUCAUUUCUUACUUGUCUAAAAGUAGAAAAUAUCAGCCCAUCCCCUAGGUCAGUCCCCUUCUGGACCCAUCCACUCCCUUUUUUCCUUAGCCUUCAGUGCCAUGGAAUUAAUCAAGAGAGAAAAGGGUCACCAGGGAGAACUGGAUAGAACUGAAAGAAUCAGCACCAACUCAGUUCUUAAGGAAGAGCUGUGUGAUGGAGGCCAGAGACACUUGGUACCAUAUUCAACUUUUUAACGUGGUUUCCAUAAGAAAAUAUUAGCAUUUAUUUCUUGCCUGGCUUUAAUUAUCUAAAGCCAAUGAAAGACUUUUUUGUUAUUGUUUUUUAAGGUGGAAAGAAAGAUUAGAAAGAAAGAAGUAAAGAAAGCUUGGAGGAAAAUGAAUGUUAGUCAAGAAAAGGCCAGUUAAGGAUCUGAUCUGUGAGGGAAAGAAAGAGGAGACAGUAUUAAAGAAUUACGAGGACACCAAAGUGGAAGUGGCAAGAAAAGCAAUGAAGGAUGGUUGGAAGGAACAGAGUUAGCUUCUUUCUGAUCCCUGUACAUUUGUGUAUCAAAAAAAGAAAACAAAACAUUUGUACUUCUAGCAAUGAACUAGAAACCUUUUAAAUUCAAGUCCGCUAUUGACGUGGAAAGCCAGUAGAAUCAGAUUUUCCCUUAAAGACCAUGACUCUAUCGCACCAGUUAGCAGACACUAACUGCUGCUUGCCGUUAGCUCUUGGUCUUGUCAUCUUCAGUGAGGAGGUGACCUUCCCUAUUCCCUGUGGUGGUUGUCUGAAAUGCCUCUUUCCCCAACUCAAAACGGUUACACUCACUUUACAGAAUUCACCAGCCUUUCCCCUGUUACCUGCGGAGAAUUUCAAAAAAGCCAAUCCCAUAACCGCCAGAUUUCAGAUGUCAUAGUAUUGGAGUGUAGAUGUCAGUUCACUCCUCAUGAAGGUGUACCACAACUAUAACCCAGUGAUUUCUUAUUACCCCUUGUCAGUGCUGGACUGCCACAGGAGUCUAAGCGGGUCUAUCUGAAACUUUUCCAUCAGUCUAUCUGAAACUUUUCCAUCAGUAACCCUAAGCAAAAAGAAGGCAUCGAGCGCAUGGGUCAUCCUUGAAGCUGUUCAGUAGAGUUAUUUCCUCAGAAUCUUUUGUACUCUACUGUGUAAUGUAUUUAUUAACAAUAGAUAUCUACCAGUCCAUUUUCAUUUUAAGGCAAAAAAAAAUCCCCUAAAUCUUUGACUAAAAUUAAUGUUAUAGGAAGAUGGGCCAUGUUGAUCACAUCUAACCCAGUUAAAUAAACACGGCAACUGAAAGGGUACCUCAGGGUUUCCCAGUGAGCAGUUUUUAUCCGAGUUCAGUAUGUCUGUUACCCAUUUAAAUAUUCAUAUAAAAGACAAGUUUUUUUUAAUAUUACAGCUUAAGCAGUGAUAUUGUAGCUCUACUUCAUGCAUGGAGAAAAAUGAAGACCUAGUAUCUCCACACCCUACAAUUUUUCACUAAAGCCCUGUUACCAAAUACUUAAGAAAUUAUUUUUGCUAGUUUUAUCUUCCUACUUCCUGGACUUGUUUUUGCUGCAGAGUAAUAUUGCUUUGUGGUCUUCCUCUGGGAUAAAUUGUGCUUUAUACAAUCAGAUGUGCUCCGUUCUCCAUCAGUCCAGAAUUUGUCCGGGAUUGUUAUGUCCUGUAUACACACCCACCAUGGUAGAGGAAACGUCUCCACCUAUGGAUUCCACAGUACUUGGAAUUACUUCUGGAGCUCUGAAGGAUUUUAAAAUUUUAUGGGAAACGACCAAUCUUGGUCCCUGAAUCUUUUUAUUUCCGUAAGUCAGUCCAGCUUUUUUAUUUCCUCCAGGGAAGAACUUAAGGAAAAAUAAAGUCUCUAGGAUAUGGGACCUGCAGGCCUUAGCAUACAAAGUAACGAUGACGUCACCUGUGCAGUGGGCCCUGGAGUGCAGGGGAGCCUCACUGCCGCCACCCAGCAGUAUGUGAGCACACGUAGUACAGGGCGUCUUGAUCGAGCUGUUCGAUUCCAUAUGUAUUUAACGUGCAGAAGUAUCUUCUCUGUUAAAAAUCUUAAUAAAGUUGUGUUUUACCAGU